UGCGGUUUGGUGUCCGUGGUGUGGUGUCCGUGGUGUGCUGUCCGUGGAGGUGUGCGGUUUGGUGUCCGUGGUGUGCUGUCCGUGGAGGUGUGCGGUUUGGUGUCUGUCCCAAGACAUUUCAGGGCAGCCAGUUCCCAGCAGCGGUGAGGACAUAAUGUCUGGUACUGGUCAGCACUGGGAGCUGUGUUGGGGAUGUGAAAUUCAAGGAAGGCAACUUUAAGGCUGAAUACAGCUGUGAUGCACAUCUGUUUGAUGAAGAAGGCGUCACUUUUUUGUAGUCACUUUGCAAAAUUAGCUGGAUUGAAAAGUAAGAAAAAAUAUGACAGAAAAAGCAAGUGCAGAUGAUUUUCAAGUUUGGGAUCAUCUCAAGAAGAAGAAGAAGAAGAAGAAGAGAAAACACAAAGAAUACGAUAAGAAACAUGAAAAUGAUGAAAAUAUACAAAGCGCAGAGCUUAGCCGUGCUUCUCCUCUGCUGUUUGAAGAUCAAGCAGCACAGGGUGGUGAAGGCUGUAAAAAGAAGAAAAAAAAAAAAAACAAGGGGGAGAAGCAACAGUCUUCCUUAGAUAAUUCUUGUGUAGGACUGGAACAUGAAAUUAGUGAUGAAAUGGGAGUGGAUGUUUCCCGAAAGAAAAAAAAGAAGCAGAAGUAUAAUGAUAGCACAGAUGAUCAAAGCAAUGUAAGUUAUGUCACAGUAAAUCAGUGUAGCGCUGAUAGUUGUCAGAACAUCAAUGCUGAUUACAUGUAUUUAAAACAAUCUGUUAAGAGAAAAAGAAAAGAAAAAUUGCCUGCAGAGGAUGAGGUACAUGAGCUGCUUACCUCAGAAACACACAAUAAAAAUGAUGAGAAAAGAUCGAAGAAGAAGAAGAAGAAGAAGAAGAAGAGACACAGUAGUACCCAAGAUAUGCAAGAAGACACAGAUGUAACCAUUGACCAGUCACUGUUGUCAUCUCUGGAGCAAAACAGGCUGGGGGAAGACACAACCUUGCCGUCACCUGCAGAAGAGGGUGGUGUGGCAACGCCCCAGCAACGGCAUGAAGAUAGCGACUGUGAUGUUUCUCCUGCUGUGCGUGAAGAUUCUACAGAUGUACCUGCUAAUGUUUUUAAGCUGACUAAACCAGCUGAUCGAUCUCAAAAAACUCCAGUGCGUGCUAGAAAGAAAAUAAAAAGCAGUGCUUUUGUCAUGGAAGAGAGCUCUUCAGAAUCUGAUGUAAUGACACCAGAGCCCUCGGCAUCAAAUAGGAAGAAGGACCAGAAUAGUUCCUCUACUGAAGUGGUACCCUCUGAUGAGCUUAAUCUGGAUGAUGAAGAGUGCCUGGACUCUACCAUGACUUCAGUCCUGGAUUUGGAUACUGCAAAACAAGAAUUGGAAGAGUUUAUUCCUCAUGUGAGGAAUAUAUCAGACAGUUCCAUCAGGAAGAUGGCUGGAAGAGACCUAAUGAGGUUUAAACAGUUUAAAAAACAAGGUAUUGCUGUCAAGUUUGGUAGAUUUUCCCAGAAGGAAAAUAAUCAAAUCCGGAAAAAUGUUGAAGAGUUCUUAUCGAUUACUGGAAUAGACAGUGCUGAAAAACUCCUGUUUACCUCACGGUAUCCGGAAGAUAAAGAAACUAUCAAUCGCCUAAAAUCGGAACAUCUUUUUUGUGAAAAACUUUCUAAGGACAUACCACGACCCUGGAGGCUGAUAUAUUAUCGAGCAAGGAAGAUGUUUGACCCAAAUAAUUAUAAAGGGAGGUAUACUAAGGAAGAAAAAGAAAAAUUAAAGAAGUAUCAUGCUCUGCAUGGCAACGAUUGGAAGAAGAUUUCUGAGAUGAUGUCCCGUUCCAACCUCUCAGUUGCUAUGAAAUACUCUGAAAUCAAGUCAGCUAUUAAUUAUGGUCCUUGGUCAAAGGAAGAGACCCAGAAAUUAAUGCAUGCAGUGGAGGAGGUGAUUAGGAAAAGAAUGGAAACUGAAGAUGCAAAUUCUCUUUCAUCAUUGGAAAAGUCAAAAAGAGAUCUCUUGAUUGACCGUGAGAAACUGUACCAGAAAUUGCCAUGGACUGAGAUUGAAGCUAAAGUGGGAACCCGAUAUUGGAGGCAAUGUAAACAGAGAUGGACUACAGUUUUAACAAACAAGAUGACCAAAGGGCAGCAGUUAUAUCGGGGAACCAAAGGAUUACAGGCCAAGAUCAGCCUUAUUAAAAGGUUGUAUGAAAUGAAAGUGGAGGAUGCUAAUGAAGUAAACUGGGAAGAACUCAGUAAUACUAUUGGAGAUGUCCCUAAAACCUAUGUUCAAGCAAAAUUUUAUAAGAUGAAAGUCUGCUGUGUCCCUUUGUGGCAAAAUAAGACUUUUUCUGAAAUUAUUGAUUAUCUUUUUGAAAAGAAACUUCCAGAACUUGAAGAAAAGUUGGAAAAAAGGAAAGGGAAUCACCUUAGUUCUGACAAUUCAGCAGCCAGGAAACAGACGGCGGUGUUCCGACUCAGUGACAUUUUUGACUCCAGUGAAGAGAGUGAUUAAUUGACUGCUUUAAAAGCAAUUCCCAGUCUGCAUAUAUAACUGCAAAAAUGGAUCUGGUUGAAAGCGGGCACAGAUCAACAACUGCAGGUACAUAAGCUAUCUAAUAAUGGAAAAAGGAAAGAUAUGCACGUCUGAUUUUCUUGUUUCAUAUUGAAGACUGAGGUAAAUACAGGUUUUGUACUGCUGUUUUUUACCUUAAUUUAGCUCUGGUUUUAGAAGUCUUUAUUAAAGCAUCCAAGUUGCUUUCUGAAUGUCUCAAAAAUGGUAUUUUUCCACUGAUUUGUUUUCUAUACAGUUGAAAGGUACCAUCUACCCUUUGAGCAUGAACUGGGUUUUUAGAACUUUAAUGAAUUUUAAAUAAUUUUAAAAAAUUCACGGGUUUGGAAAAAGGCUUUCGGUUUGCUUUUAAAUCUCUAUAACAAAUCUUAAGACAUCUGUGCUGAUGGAAGCAGCACAACUUUGAGUUGUUUUUUUUUUUAAAAAGAUACCUUGUUCUUAAAAGCACCUGACUUUUAUUUUUGAUGUAGACUUAUACUUUUAUCAGCCCUUCUACAGAAAAGGGAUUUUUGUCCAUUACUAUUCAUAAAUUGUAAUGUCACUUCAUUCUAACCAGAGCAAUGCCUUUAAAGUGUUAUUACUAUUUGGAAUACAGAGACAAAAUGGACAGUGUGUGUGUAUAUGUAUACACACACAUACGUACAUAUAUAUAUUUUUAUUGUGCCAAGGACAAUUUCUACAUUUCAGUAAGAAAGUUGAGGGGUAAGAUGGAGGUUGUACUCAUGUUGUUGUAUGAUAUUUUAAAGUAUCUGCCUAGUGAUUAUUUGUAAACUGACCGAGUGAAUGUAAAAAACCAAAACAAAACUAAUAUCUUACUAUGCAUGUAAGGUAUUUGUAUGGCUUAUUUCCUAUAUGCUGUAUUAGAAAGUGAUGCAAGAUGACUUGGUCUCUGACAUACUGCUUUUUGAUGGUCAUUUUGAUAAGUGAGAAUUUACUUCUUUAAUAAUUGUCAUUGAAAAUACAAAACUUUCAGCAGCAUGAAAUAAAGGACUUGUUGAAGGU